UUAAUGGCGGCGCCCAUGGCGAUGAAUUGUGGUCGGAUUAACCGGUUUGAAAUAAAAUUCAAAGUGUGGUUGUUUUGAGAAAAUGGAUAGAAUUUCUUCCUUCCUUCCUGCUACCAAUCUUGUCUCGGAUGUCUCCAAAAAGAGGUGUAGGGAAUUAAGUUCCCCAACUGGGAAAACACCUCUGCAAGAGUGUAAAAGACAGCCUGCUUGUGUGUAUGACCGACUGGCUGUAGUUGGGGUAACAACGUGUUUUCAAGGUGCUGGACGUUUAGUGGAUGAAAUUGGCAAACAUAAUUAUGAUGCUGUAAUCCAGUCGCUGAAGAAUGAAAAUCCCUUUAGGCUUAUAGGUGACAAUAUAAACAUCUCAGUUGGGGUUAAACACGAGAGGUCCAAUGCAAAAGGAACCAUGUACAACUGGUUUGCCUCAGCCAUUGUAACCCAGAAAAAGGCCUUUGCUGAACUGUCCGAUGUUCCCCAGUGUCUGUCCAAAGAUCUACCUCUUGAGGUCCUCCCUGGACCUUGUGUAGAAGAUAUGAGGAGGAGGAAUUUAGUUGUUGCCCUGCCAGUCCUUCCAUUUAAUGAACAGAAAUAUGCUGACGUUGUUCAAAUUCUAGACCACUAUGAACACUACAUAGAAGAGAUCUACCAGUCAGCAGAAGUUCCCCUAGCAAAAGUGCACAUUGGUGGUGACCAGCUCACAAGAGAGAGAUUUAGUGGUGCCAAAAGACUACGUGCUAUCCUAAGCCGGAAUGCCUGUCUGACAGAAAAACAGCGUCUACAGCACAUGCAACCAAUCACCUUUGAACUCUGGCAUGCUGGAAUGAACCUUUUAUCCCUCAUUUUCAAUGUGUUGUUUAAUGAACAUUCCUAUGAAAAGGGAACAAUGAAUUCUGCUCGCAUUAAGUUAGGAAGGAGAACAGUAAAAAAGGAUGUUCAGCACAACUAUGACCACAACAAAGACUUCUUCCUCACCUUCACAAGCAGUUACAUCAUUGAGGCAUUGUGCGAUUACUUCGGACUGGAAGACUUAAAAUCCUUAUCCACUAGAAACCUCAUUGGGGAGAAAUCAGCACAGGAGGUUAUGGAACAUUUUGUCAGAACCUAUGUGUUUGCAGAAAAUACAGAUGCAACUCAAAUUGUUGACAGAAGUGAAUCAAGUGUACUAUGAUUCCAGUAACUGUGAAUUUACCUGAUGGGUCAUCUGCACAACUGCAUAUACAUCAAAUUUGUCAACAAAAGACAACUCAUCAUGAGUAUGACAAAGUGAAGCAUUAUGGACACUGUGUUUUACAGCUUGGGCUUUUAUUAAUGGAUUUCUUAGACAUUUGUAAGACUCCAGAUCGAGACCGUAUGAUUUCACUGAUGAAAUAUUUAAUGCCUGUCUACAAAACAUCCAGCAACAACAGCAAGUAUGCUUUAGAGUGUUUGAGAUUUUUAUGUCAUCAACAAUCAUCUUAUAGUCUACAAGAGGUACAUCGCAGUUUUUAUGGAUUGUUUGUAUACAACAGGGGGAAAAUUGAUUCAAGCAUUCCUGCUGACCUCCAAAUGGAGCAUAUUGUGAAAAAAUUGAAAAUUUUGUUCCAGACCUCAGGCCCUAGUAACAAGUCAGAGAGUAUGGUGAAAAAAUCUAAAGCAAUAUCAGGGAUAUCUGCUAUCUGUGAUGCUUAUGAUUCAGCGAGCAAUGUAAUUGUUAGAGCAAAACACCACAAAGCCAAGACUUCACAGGAUGAAGAAGAGAAAGUCAUAAGGGAGCUCAGAACCGUGCAUCCAUUUCAAACUGUUAUUGGAAGAGAAUAUACCAAAUUCACAGACAUUUUAGCUCCAUAUCAUGCAAAGUUAGAUCAGGCAAAAUACCAGGCUUGGUUAAUAUAUCAUAAAGAUACUUUGAUGUUUGAAUAUGGGAAGUAGUUCAUUUUGACAGUGGGUAUUUUAAAAAUGUAUCACUUUUUACUUGUACAUAACUUACUUGAAGUAUUUUCUUUGAAAUUUCUUAUGAAAAUUGAAUUUUUUGAAAAUGCAUUCAAACCUGCUGUCCAGCUGUGUUCAUUUGAAUAUCAAUGAAACAUCAUCAUAACGUUUACAUUAAUACAAAUGGUGUCUUAUUUGAAGCUUUUGAGGUUGACCAUAUUGGCUUAUUUCUUAAUUUAAUUAAUACUUUGUAUUCAUUGAGAGAGUGGACUAACACCAAACUUCUAUUUAGUUGAACAUUGUGUGUAGUAUAAGAUUUCAUUUAUGGAAAAAACUGGCUGUUAUACUAUGAAAUGACUUAUCAACAACCUCUAAAAACAUUUCAUUGCACGAUUAAUUACUUGUAGUGAUUUUGAUCUAAAAUAGAAUAUUUCUAUAUAACUAGCAAUCAUUAAUUGAGAACAUAUGUAUCCACAUGUAUAUGGUGUCAUGUGCCAGUGUUUGUGUCCAUGCUUGUAAUGGUACCUUCAUUUACUUGUAAAAUGUGCUCAUAGCACCUCAUGUAAGAAAACCAUAAAACAAUGUACAGUAACUAGUAUUUUUAUAGUUGAUACUUCUGUAUUUAUACAAUAUCCUCAUAAUACGAUGAGCCUACAGUUUCAUGUCAUAUGAUAGAUUUGUAAAGCACAUCAAAAAGCAGAAAUAGCAUGCUUAAUAUUUAGUACUGUGUGGGCCACAUGUUCAGGAAGAUAAAUGUUCUGGAUUUGCUUCGAUUCAUGUAAAUGUUCAAAAACAUCUGUAAUGAUCAUAAUGAAAUGUUCACUUAAAGAGUUGGAAGUAUCAAUAGAAACAUAAGCUUGUAAAGAGUCUCUCAUGAUUUGCCUUUGUGUCAAUUUAGGGGUUUUAAAAUGUUCAGUGCUGUAAGUUUUUCCCAUGCAGAUAUCACAGCAGUUUUCCACAGAGCUUGGGUAGACAGUGUUGAAGUAGUUUGUUAUAAACACUCUUCUACAUAUAUCAUUGCUCUUGCAGAAAUCUUUAAAAGACUUGUCAAUAAAGUCAUGACAGAGAUCUGUUGCAUUCCAGUAUAAAACUGCUUCAGCCUGAGAACCAUCGCGCCCUGCUCUGCCUAUUUCUUGGACAUAUACUAUAAUAAUGAAAAGUAAAAGGUUUAAAUGUAAUAUUGUAAAAAUUGUCCCUGAAAAAAACUAGAGAAGUCUUGAAUAUAAGACAAACCUUCCAUACAGGAAGGGGGACCAGCAUGUACCACCCGCUUCACAUGUCUUAAAUCGCAACCCAUACCCAAAGCUACUGUAGCAAAGACAAGCUUUAUUGGGGAAUCAGGCCUGGCAAUUGCAUUGACUAUUGCUUGAUUAAUCUUAAAUGGAAUUAUAGGGCAUAUAAAUGCUAGCUAUAGAUUGACAUCAAACUUAUUACUGGAAAUGUGUCAUUUAUGAAAAAUAAAGUUUAAAAUCUUAACAUCAUGUUUUUUUAUACCCACCCCCGUUCUGAAGGAGAAGGGGGUAUACUGAUUUUACUCUUGUGUG